GUACUUAUCAUCUAUCACUAAAUUCCAAUUACUCUAAUUAAUCUCCUCCCAUAUAUAAAUAAUAAGCUGCAGUCUCCUCCGUCAAACCUCAUCAGCAUCAUGGACAAAAGCCAGCACGAGAAUAUCGUCCGGCCCGUAAUCAAGACCGUUGAUCGCGACGACGAGGACACUUUCUCCUUCGCAGCGUUGGCCGUCCAAGACAAACCAACGGACGAACAGGCCCUCGAUCAAGGGACCGCAGCGAACACAGACUCGCCGGCCGACUUCCUAUUCGCCAAUGGCCAGCUUCUUCCGCAUGCGUUCCCCGUCCUAUCGGAUUCCAGCCGGAAAUCGAUCAGCAAAGAAUCGCUGACGUCAUCGUCGUCGAAAGGCAGCAGCACCACCAGCAGAAGCAGCAGCACGAGUAUGAAUUCACGGCAGAACAGCAAUAGCAAUGGGUCUGAUAGCGAGAGAGUGGUGGCGAGCCCCACAUCUGGCCCAGUGAUAAAGCAUGUACGGUUCCGAUCAUUCGAUGCUGCUGCCGCGAAGCAUUCAAAGGGGCAGUUAGUGACUGGAGUACCGUCUGGACGGAAAUCAACGGCUGAGGUUUCUCGCCGGAAGAAGGUUAAUGCCAUGGAGCAAAAAGAUCGUAGAAAGCGUCAAAUGACCAAGAACCAGGCGUCAGGGAAUUCGUCGGCCGGACGUGGAAUUUUCCAGUCGUUCAUGUCGGCAUGCAGGGAAUGCCACGCCCUUGAACCGUCGAUGCAAGUAGAAUCGCAGAAGAUGGCGUACGGUACCUGGUCUCAGACAUCCAUGUGAGCGGUGAUUGCCACAGGCCGUUCAUCUAGUGUGUCCCACCACACUCAAUUGCACCGAUUGAAUGAUCCUAGCAGUCCAGUUAAUUGACUUAGGCUGACGAUAGUUCUGGUAAGUUCGAUCGGUACGUUUCUGGACUGAUAGCUCAUCUACAGUGAGGCCCACUUGAUGAACGGUCUGGAUUACCGAAUUUGUAGCGACGUAUACGACACUGGAUGUUUCAUCAUCCCCUUAUCUACGUAGAUUGGUUUUGUUUUAUUAUGAUAAAGAAAAGCUGUUUCUGUCGUUAUUUAGAUUUUAUUAGGUUAAGAUGGACGGUUGGAAUCGUACGUUGUCUGCCACUAACGAGAGAAGAGAAAGCUAAUUAUUCUAUUACACCUUAGC